GUUUUGGCUUCUACAAAAAGAAAAAAAAGAAAAAGUGUCCGCAAUUACACACAGAGAGAAGAAGGGAAACUCUGAGAUCGGAAACAAUGGAUUCUACACUUUCGUUGAAGCCCAGAGGAAAAGGGAAAGGAUCAAAAGGAGCUCCCUCCUCCAAUGACAAAUCCAAGUAUCAGCUCCUCAAGGAAUGGAGCAACUGGUCUCUCAAGAAAGCCAAAGUCGCCACUCACUACGGAUUCAUCCCUCUCAUCAUCAUCGUCGGCAUGAACUCCGAUCCAAACCCCCAUCUCUUCCAGCUCCUUAGCCCUGUCUGAUCCGGAACGAAGAUCGAUGAAUCUUUCUUUUAUGUUUUCAGAAUCUGUGGUUUGUAUGGAAUCAGUUAACUUGUGAAAUCGAAUUCAUGUUUUGAAUCUCUGUUUGCAAAUUAUUGAAUCAGUAAUAAUAAUGCUUUUUGAGAA